UGUUUGUUUAAGUACUGUGAAAGACCGCUUCCUGGGCGCCAUUGCAUGUUCUAGGCUGUUGUCCAUUGUUUUCCGUUUUGAAGGAUGACUUACAUGACGCUAGUGCAACGCAUAGAGUUAGAGCGUGGGAAACGCGAACCAGGAGAAAUAACGGAGCUGAACUUGGACAACUCCAAAUCGGUGGACAUUGAGGGUCUGACGGAUGAAUAUUCAUCAUUAGAAGUUCUGAGUAUGAUGAAUGUUGGACUUCAAAAUUUGACAGGUUUGCCAUGUCUCACAAGUCUGAAAACUCUUGAGCUUUCCAAUAAUUUGAUAUCCGGUGGUCUUGAUGCUCUUCUCAAGUGUCCUAAUAUUGAACAGCUAAAUUUAAACAGUAAUAAGAUCGAGUCAAUGGAGGCGCUGGUGCCACUAGCUAAAUUGUCCGAACUGCGAAGCUUGGAUCUUGGUAAUUGCCCUGUCACGACAACUGAGAAUUAUCGCAAAAAAACAUUUGCGAUGAUCCCAUCUCUAAAGUAUCUGGAUGGUCUAGAUGAAAAUAAUGAAGAAGAGGUAUUUGCUGGUGAAUUCGUGAAUGGUGGUUCUGACGAAGAUGGUGUCGAUGAGGCUGAUGAGGAGGAUGACGAAGGAUCGGAUGAAGACGAUGAGGGUGAAGACGACGAAAUUGGAAUUGAAGCCCUUCAACAAAGUGGCGAGUUGGAAGACGACGAAGAGGAUUAUGCUCCAGGUGAGGAUGAAGAGGAUGAGUAUGACGACGUCGAUGAAGAGGAUGAGGAAGAUGUUGAAGAAGAUAAUGGAGCAAAUCUUUCUGCCGCCAACGUGUCAGGCCCCCGACGUCCGGGUUGCAAACGGCGCCAUGAAGAUGACCAGGAGGCCGAAAAUGGCAAUAAUGGUGAGCAUUGUGGAACUAAGCACAAGCAUACUGAAGAGUCUGCCGAAACUCAUGUCGAGAAUGGAUCUACUGUUGACCAGUGAUUAUGAAACCAGUAUAAGAAAAAUUUCAUCGUUUUUGUUAUUAUUAUUUAGGUCAAAUUUCCUAUUGUAUAUGUUAAGUUGUUUCAUGUUCAUCUUUAUAUGUUUAGUUACCAAAUUCACCAACCAAAAAUUAACUAUAUAUUUGUACAGUACAUUUGCUGCCAUACACGCCUAAAAGCGACGAUGUUAACAGCACCAUAAUACAGUGUUAACUGAUGCAUUUACUCAUAUUUGUAAUACUUUUUACAUUAAGAAAAAUUUAAACUCAUCACUUCUUAAGAAAAUUUACUCACACCCACUCGUAUUUGCUGCAUUUUAUUAAAUAACAUGUUUCAAUCUUUAUAUUGAUAAAAGUUCCUUAUUAUUCAAAAUUGUGUUAGUUUUUUUAUCUUGAAUAGGACAUUCGUCGCGUUGUGUGGAAUUGUUGUAGUUGAUAGUUGAGCUUUCAG